ACCGCAGAACCCCGGAGCCGGCCAUGGUCCUCGGUUUCGAGGUGUCGGGCACGAUUCUGGAAAUGGGCAGACUGGCACACGAGAGGACAGGCUACCAGAUGGGCGAGGAAGUCGUCGUGCACAACUAUCCCGUCUGCGGCGGUCUCGCCGAGAGCUGUCUGGCUCAUUACAGACCGAUAGCUCUAUGCGACGAUGCAAAACGAGCCGAGUUGUGUGCGGAUCUCGGCGCGACCGUGAUACGCAGAAGCGGACAUUGCCUGCCGUACAAGUUGAAGAAAAUCGGCGGGAAGGAAGAAGUGCGCGUGAUGAUCGAGACCGAAGGCGGGCCGUGCUUUCAGAAUGCUAUCAAAUGGUGAAAUCACGCAUGCCAUGUUACGAGACUAGAUUACGAGGUUCCUUUUGAUAGUCGGAGGUAUAGCAAGAAUCGCGAUUGUGAAACGGAAGUUAGAAACGUGGAAAGUAGAUCGUCCGAGAUGUUAAGACUCGCCUAAAAGGACACGUUUGCGACUUUCCAGGCUAAUCGCGAACAUCAGCGACGUAAACUUUUAUAUCAGACAUCAGACUAUGCAUUGGAAAUCGUGGAUUGCAAAUUGAAGAUUAGAAUUUGAACUGUCAAACUAUACCUUUGAGUCAUUUUUAAUCAUUUCUGUAGGUCGCCAC